CAACGAAGAGCAAAAGCAUGUGAAGUGUUGAAAGAUUUAGAACAGGCACUAGAAGAUUUAACUGCUGUUUGCAUUGUUGAGUCAUUCCAAAAUCAGGGAACACUUGUCAAUGUCGAUCGAGUACUUAAAGAACUUGGCCGAAUACACGCAAAGGAAGCCAUGGAGAAACGAGAACCAGUUAUGCCCUCGAAGCAUUUCAUUAAGACAUUCUUUGAGUCUUUCGCAGAAGAUCCCAUAUUCAAUUCUGUGGAUAAGGAGAAGGAGGGAGAUGUUGAUGAAGCCGAACAUCCACCAGAGAAAAAUAUUUCUAACAAUGGAUAUCUUAAAGCCAGACAACACUUACAAGAAGGAAAUUAUGGUGCAAUAAUUGAUUGUUGUACAAAUGAGUUGGCCAAUCCUCUAACCCCAUACAAAGUGGAGAGCCUUUUGUUGCGAGCAACAUUGUACCAGCUCCGAGGUGAAUCAAAGAAGGCUAUGGCUGAUCUAACAGACUUGAUUAACAUUGAAUCUGCUCCUCUAAAGAUGAGAGUAAAUGCAUUAGUGAAGCGAGGCUCCCUGUAUAUGCAGCAUGAGAAAGUAGAUGAGAGUCUGAGGGACUUUGACAAAGCUGCUCUUCUUGACCCUUCCAAUUCAGAUGUUUUCCAUCACAGAGGCCAAAUAAACCUACUCAUAGGGAGAGUGGACACUGCCAUGGCAGACUUCAAGAAAGCUGUAGAUCUUAAUUCUAAUUUCCCUAUUGCAUUUGUUCAGAAAUGCUACACAGAUUAUAGGUAUGCUUUCCAGCUUGGAGAUAAGGCAAAAGUUGAUGAAGUAAUGAAGAAGUUUGAUGAAGCUAUUAAGAAUUUCCCUAAAUGUGUGGAGUGCUAUGUUCUUUAUGCACAGGUGCUGUGUGAUCAGGGUGAACACGAGCAAGCAGAUAGUUAUUAUGCGAAGGCUCUUGAAGUAGACCCUGACAACCCUUCUACGCUGGUUCACCGUGCAUUACUCAUUCUUCAGUGGAAAGGAGACUUGCCACAGGCACGAAGUUAUAUCACACAAGCAUUAGAAAUUGAUGACAAAUGUGAAUUAGCAUAUGAAAAUUUAGCCACCAUUGAAGUCCAGACUGGAAACCUGAAAAGAGGUGUUGAGUUAUUUGAUAAAGCGAUACCUCUUGCCAAGACAGAAAUGGAGAUGGCACACUUAUUUUCACUUCGAGAUGCUGCUGUUGCCCAGUUAAAGAUUGUAGAAAAAAUGGGAAUAAAUAUCCCAAAUUUAGGUUCACUUUAAGGAUUUGGACUAAAUUGGAAUUUUAACCUGUGCACCCAUGUUUCUACGUUAUCCCAUCGUAAUACAGUAUGCUGUAUUUUUUCAGAUUAUACUGCAAGAUGAAAUGUAAUGUAUACAGUAUAUAAAUUAGUGUUAUGAUGUCAUUCAAUGUUAUCUCAUCAUAAUACUACAGUAUGCUGUUUUUUUUUUCCAGAUUAUAUUGCAAGAUGAAAUGUAAUGUAUACAGUAAAUUACUUUUAUGUCAAAAGUCACAUUUUCUAAGCAUGUGUGGAAUAUACGAAUAAAAAAAUGUUAAAGUAUUGGCUGAUAGCUGUUUGGAAGUCAUUCCCAUGUAAUGUUUUCAGGAUGGUUUCACUUGUUUUGCCAUACAAUCUAUAUUUACCUUAAUGCUGUGGUACAGAAUGUACAGAAAAUGUAAAUGAUAUAAUUAAAAGUGGUGUGUGAUACUGUAGUAGGCAAAUGGAGACUUGUAUAUAUAUUAAAAGUUAAUGUACAUAGUUGAAGGAGAUAGUUCAGGCAACUUUUAUGAUCAUUUCCUUUCAUAUGACUAAGAGUAAAAGUCUGUCAUUAGUUUUUCACAUAUAGUAUUAUGGCUAACUGAAGGUUGCUGUGCAAUUGCUGUAUUUAAACUGUAUGAUCUUGACCUCCCAGUUUAAUGAAGCUCACUAUUUUCUACACUGCAUAAAAAUUGCAUUGAGGUAUGAGUUUUAAUGGAAGCAAGAUAAAUGUACAGUAUCUCCAAUUAAGUUGCAAACAAAAGCCGAAGAAGUUAACGUAAGAAUUUGUUUGAAAUUUAACUAUUUUCAAGUGAACUUAAAAGAUUUUUAUUAUUUUAUAUACAUGUAUGUCCAAAUUUAAAAUUAAGUUUCAGGUGCUUUUUAUCUCUUUCAUUUGAUGAAAUCAUAAAUAGUGCAGUAGCUUAGAAUUGCCCCCAUUUUCAUUUUGUUACCUUCAGGUCCAUUUUGAGUUCCAAGCUUUUAUAACUGUUCUUCUCCCAAGUAACAGUAUUAGUACUCCAUCAGUGAUUAUUUGCAUAAAUAGUUUUAAGCAUCCACACAUACACUACUAGUCUCAGUUAGGUUAAGUUCUUUGUGCAUAUUUGGUCAGCAUUUAUGUCUUUGAUCUUUAAAAGCUUGUAGUAAAUUCAAGACAGGUAGUGCAAAUGUUAUAAAUACAUGAUGUACAUUAAUGCAUUGCUGCUUUUGUGACAUAAAAGCACAGUACAGUAUGUGGAAUUACAGUGAUUUGCUUAGUUUGUAAAAACUACAGGCAAUUCAUAGCAGAAAAUAAGAUCAUUAGAAUGUUUAAACCAGUGAUCUUUCAUUGUUAGCUUGGAUAUUGACUGACUUAAAUUUUUUUUUCAUACAAAAAUUGUUUAUUAGUAGUCCUGACAUGAUUAUACAAGACUAUUUUUCAUGGGUUUUGGACUGGAAGUCUUAGUGCUGAAACUAAGUUUGCAAAUUGUACAUGGUAUUGUACUGCUGUUAAAUAGGUUUUUUUAUUUUAUUUUUUUUAUUUUAGGGUACAGCAAAUAAUUUUGUGAUUCAAGAUAGUACAGUUGUUGUAAAUGUCUGUUCUGUAAAGAAACUAUGGCUGUUAUACGGGCAUUAUUAGCUGUGAUUUUGAAAAAGUGUCUUUAGCAGUCAUUUAUUAAGGCUGCUUUUACUGUGGGCUGACUGUAAUCUUUAUGUAACCUUUAUUUGUAUAUUUAUAUUUCAUGAUUUCUUAUUCCCCUUCUUUGUUAAUAACAGAUGUCUGGAUGUUUCAGUAUGACAUGAUUAUGCAGUUUAAUGUAGAUAAGUUUUUAGGGCUGUUAAAUGUAAAUAAGCCUUCCUUUUAUAGCUAUUCAUGUCAUAUUUCAAGUAUUUUGGCAAUUCCUGUUGACUACUGUCUCAUACUUUACUGUUCUCUGGCCUAGGACAAUCUUGAGGGGUUAUAUUAUAUGAUACACAAGCAUGAGCUGUAAUAUUUUUAGUCAUGCUUGCAUUUGUCUAGUCCUAGAAUGUUCAGUGAAUUGUUUUUAGGACCAAUUAAAUUUAUAACAGUAGCUAA